AUGAACUACGGACAAGUGGAAAAGGAAGCAUUGGCCCUGAUUUUCGCUGUCACUCGCUUCCACAAGAUGCUGUACGGACGCCACUUUCUCCUGCAGACCGAUCACCAACCGCUCCUCAAGGUUUUCGUUUCCAAGAAAGGUAUUCCUGUUUACACCGCGAACCGAUUGCAGCGUUGGGCCUUGACACUCCUGCUGUAUGAUUUCGACAUCAAGCACGUUUCAACGACAAACUUCGGCUAUGCAGAUUUCCUUUCGCGGCUGAUGUCAUCGCAACGAAGGCCGGAUGAAGAUUACGUGAUAGCCGCCGUAUACGUCGAAUCCGAAGCGAAAGCAAUACUCGAAGACACCAUCAGCAACCUCCCAGUCACGCACCAGAUGAUUGUGGCUGAAACACGAAAGGACCCAGUUCUCCAGCAAGUGAUGAACUUCCUCAAGGAGGCGGAUUGUUCGACAAUUGCAUCAUGGACACCCAGGAAUGGACCGGAUGAAGUCUCUGGCCCGAACUACAUCUACUGGCCGAAUGUGGAUGACGACGUAACGCAGUUCGUUCGAGAGUGCACAGCGUGCGCUGAAGCAGCAAAGUCUCCGACAAAAGCAAGCUUGGAGUCGUGGCCUCUUGCAGUCAAGCCGUGGCAACGCGUCCACAUUGAUUUCGCUGGCCCAAUCGACGGUUAUUACUAUUUCGUCAUCGUGGAUGCCUACUCGAAGUGGCCCGAAAUUUUUCGCACCCGUUCCAUCACCACAACCGCAACCCUGGAUCUGCUACGUGAGACGUUUUCCCGUUUCGGCAACCCGGAUACUCUGGUCUCGGACAACGGCACGCAAUUCACCAGCGUGCAGUUUCAGCAGUAUUGCCGUGAAAAUGGUAUCACCCACCUCCGCACUGCUCCCUACCAUCCGCAGUCCAAUGGUCAAGUGGAACGAUUCGUUGACUCCCUCAAGCGCGGUCUCAAGAAGCUGAGCAAGGGGGAAGGCUCACCCACACUGGAGCACCUGCAGACAUUACUCUCGGUGUAUCGCUCAACUCCAAAUCGAAACACACCGCAAUCGACGUCUCCUGCAGAAGCGUUCCUCGGAAGACCAGUACGCACCACUUUACACCUCUUGAAGAAGCCUGCUCCUGAAGCCCCAGGUACCAAGAACCUCAAGCAGAAUGAGCAGUUCAAUCGCCGGCAUGGAGCAAUCAAGCGCGACUUCGAAGAAGAUGACCUGGUGUACGUUGAACAGCAUUUCCGGAAUACCAAGUCAUGGAUGCCAGGUCGAGUCAUCGAACGGAAAGGUUCUGUUCAUUACAUUGUGUCACUGGAAAACAACGGAAGACCGAAGCUGGUUAGAGCGCAUGUCAACCAAAUGCGCCCUCGCUACGAUACCGCCGCUCCAGAACCAACGACGCAGCUACCGUGGGAAGUCUUGCUCGAUGAAGUACAGAUACAAGCUACAGCGGUACUGGCUGAUGUAGAAGAACAGCCUGGUAUGACCGAAGCCCUAGUUCCUGUUGCCACCCCGCCGCCGGUCUUGCAAGAAGCUGCAGGUCCGGUACUAUAAGAUGAUGAAGAAGCUACAUCCGCUCCACCGCCGGUACCAUCGGGACCAGUUGGAGAACUCCUGCGACGUUCUGUGCGGGAAUCAAGAAUCCCAAGAUGGUUGUCGUCCUACGACAUAUUCUAAGAGGGGGAGAUGUAGCAGGCCUCGCCUGAUAUUUAUAAUAGUAGUAGGCCUGGAAUUUAGAAUAGAAUAAAAUGUCAUUAGUUAGCCAACCACCAAUCAAGUCAGAAGCAAUAAACCUUAGCUCCUAGCUACCUGUUUU